CUGGAUGCUUGGACGCUGCCUGCUACGCUUUCUGGAGCCUGGUAUGGCUUUACACAAAAGCGACGUCUUGUCGCGAGUAUACGUUCAUUCCUUCGUCCAUUUUAUGCCCCCUUAAUUCAGUAAUCGUUUGCUCGCGUCGCUGUUCCGUCCACGUUUGCACCCGGUCGCGUCUGAUCCGCUGUUGCAGGAUUAUCUUGACAUCUGACGUCUCAUCUGUUCUCUAUGCGCAGAAAAGUCACUGUAGCAGCCAUGGCCGACGAUGAUGUUAGCAGAACCAAUCCUUCGUCGCAAGGAUCGCAGGGACAGCGGCAGGUUGAUGUUGGCCAAUUUGCAAGGCGUCUUGGUUGCAUGGCCAGCAGCACUGCACAGGCUUUGUACGCCAUUGUUCACAUGAAAUUUCCCCUGUUCGAAGCUCAGUCCCUGGCAAAGCUCGCGCAGAAGAUAUAUGCUCUUGCUGCAGUGCUUUCGAGUCUCAGAGAGGAUCUGAUCCAAAGCGGAGAGCAGGAUGUGUGGACCAAGGAGCAUGGCGAAAGCCUGUUACGCUCAUUGAGAGAGUGCGAGGGUGUCUUUCAGAACAUCAUCCUUGCAGUACGGAAAGCAGAUGAGACUUUGGGUGCACCGGCAAAAAGCAUGUUGACUACAGGAGAGGCUUACGUCAAGGGUUGUGUCUUGAGCGAUGAGCAAAAGGCGCUGAGUGUUGUGGAGAAAUGCUUCGGCCUUGCUAUCCAGUCACAUCUGGUCUCUAGACACGCAGCUCUGGCUAGGAAAAAACACCUUGACGAAGAUGAGAUCCCAGAGGCUUCGCGACUCAUUCUGGCUUUCAGAAACCCAGUGCUGAAUGACGUUUCGGUGUCCAGGAACAAACCAUUUGCAUCGGAGCAAUUGCGGGAAUAUUCGAUGCCUUCAGCACACAGUCCUGCACACAUUGGAGAUCAGGCAGAAUCUGAGAUAGAAGUCAGUGCACCAGCUGAACGUUCCAAUAUUGGAGAUUCAAUACUGAGGAGACCAACUCCUAUCGGGUUGUACAACCAGUGGCCACCUUUCGGCAACCCUCAACAUCCAGCGUAUCUUGCCGCCAAGGCGAGAGGAUGCAAAGACGACGACGGCAAGCCUGUUAUAGCUCCGUCUUUAGCGACGUAUGCCUCAACUUCGAAAGGACUCUCAGAAUCUGGCCAGAGUAGUGAGCGGCUCUUUCCACCGGCUCCUACACCGAAGGUGGUACCGGGAACAAUAUCGUUUGGAGAGCCCAGCGUCAUCAAGCCUACUUCGUCCGGGAGCUCUCUCUUUACAAAAGCAGCCCCUUCUGGCGCGUUUGCCAACUACAGCCAAUCGUGGGCCAAUCAAUUCACUCCCACCCUACACCUGGAAGCCUACGUCCUUCGACCAAACGUGCAUUCCACGGACACUACAAGCACACUGUCCUACGGAAUUGAGUCACUGCGGCUCAGCGAAGAAACUAUGCAGGCUCAGGUCCGCAGCUUAGGACCGACUUACUCCGUUGUAGACACGCUCCUCGAUCUCCAACCACAGCAGUUGCACCUCAUACAGCUUCGUGCGAUACAGCGUCAAGGAAACAUUGUAUCAGUAGAGCACGGGAAGCCCGUCAGCUUGACGAUGCUGAUGGGUUCUUUGCAGGUCAAGCCUGCCCUAUUCAUCAUUUCGACAACAACGAUGCUUCCACAGUUCCCGGCCCCACUCCCAUUCCCACUUCCAGCUCCGGAUCCAACACCUGAUUCCGUGCCCGCAACUGGUGGGAGCAUUCUCAGAGGCAUUGCACCUGCACCAGGCUUCGGACCAAGCAACUCUAACUCUGCGAUUAGUACCAGCCACCAUCUCUCUUCACCGGAAGCAUACUCGAAACACUUGCAAGAGCAAGGCGAGCUUUGCAACUAUGUCGAAGGCACUGACAUCAAGGGUCGAUUUCAGCACUAUCAGACCAUCACGAUGAAUAAGGACUGGCACGACAAAGAUCGCUCGCUCGAGGAAGUUCGACUCGCCGACUACAAGGCUAAGCGCAAGGGACCCAUGAAGACGAACGAGAUAUCAUAUCCCUGGGACCAGAGCAAAGUACCUUUCGGAGGAUUCGGGAGAUUUGGAGGCCCUCGGCCGCUACCACCCAAGGAGGUCAAGAUCUCGAAGACGGGAUGGUUUCCAACAACCAUACGUCCUUCAGCUCCUGGCUAUGCUUUUGGUGACGGCGCGCCGAAGUUUGGUCAACCCACCCAAGGUGUAAACGCCUCCUCCAAGUCUUCACUGAACAUCUUCGACAACUUUGUAACACCACGUGUGGUACCUCACGAUUCUGGCCCAUUCGGUCAUGUAGCGCCAAAUUUGCCACCCUUCGUACCACCGCAAGACCCAGGCAAGAAUGUCUUUAAUUGCGGACCAGCUUUCACUAGACCGCCAUUAUUUGGUGGUCAGGGUGGCAAUGCGUGGGAUGCGUGCAGAGCUUCUCCAAGUACUUCAAGCGGAAAGCUGCCCAACUCUCUUUUUAAUCCACCUGGCUCGACCAACACCUCCAAGCCUUCGUUCGGACCUUCGACUAACUCUGAUGGCUUUUGUGCUGUCCAACAUCAGCAUGGACCAUUCUGUCGAGCGCAGCCGGUACAUAAGUUUCACUUCGGUGGCACAUAUCCAUCAUUCGAAGACGGUGACAUCACAAGCGCUUAUGGACCCCCAAGCUGUAUGCUUUGUCGUUUCGAGGGAAGAGUGUGUCGGUGUUAUGAUCUCUCUCUAGCGGUGCCUCCACAAGCUCCGUCCAGCAGCAGUGAUAAACCCUCAUCUGCUGCACCAAUUCCGUCACUGUUCGAAUCUGCUCCUACAUGGCAAGAUGUCCCAAAACCAAGCCUCUUCGGCGGUGCUCCUGCGACACGCACGUACGUGAGCCCCUUUACAGCUCUCGCAAAAGAUCCAAACUACCGACCCUUCGGCGCAGCACCUCCUUCCCAACGUCGAGGAGCAAGCUUGUUCGGUGCUACCUCCAGCAUCAAACCAACAAUUCCAUCCUCAAGCAACUCAUUCGGAACGUCCGUCGGACAGCCACCCAGCCUCUUUGGACUCUUAUCGAGCACAGCACCUGCCGCUCCUCCAGCAGCUGGUGGAUUAUUCGGCAACCUUGGCUCAACAGCAUCAAAGUCAACGAAGAAGGACGACUCGCCGUUUAAUGAGCAGGAACAGGCCAACUUGUCUUUCGCUGUGUCGAGUGAUGCGAAAGCCAACAAGGGUGAAGCAACUGAUCAUUUCGGUGAUACAAAUGCGACAGAACAAACCGAAGCAGCACCAGUCACUACGUCCUAAACUGAAUCCGACAAGAAAGCCAGCGUGGGGGUAUUCUGCAGUCUGAUUGAGACCGAUUGAUGUUGCGUGGAAGAGAGGGUUGUGGUAUUGUUUUAGAGUUGUUGUUUCUGGUGGGAAGCUUGGGACGGGCUGAAGAAUACAGCAGCUAGAAAUUAGUGGGCUGGACUGUGCUAUGAGGGACGACUUGGAUAGACUGAUAGGAGGAUUGCAUGCGUUAGUCGAUAGAAUAGUCUAUUUGGAGGCUGGAUCACUCAAUUCAAGUAUCAUCAAUAGCACAUACUAAGAG